UCAUUUGUUGGCUCGUUUCUGCAGCCGAAAUCUCCUGGCUGAUAUGAUGAUGACGAUGACAAUGAGUUUGUUUCACAACUGCAGCUUUCCAUAUAGCUGCAGUCAUAACUAAAUCUAUUAUCCCCCUAUGCGGGAUUUGGCCAUGAAUAUGUCUUGUGGGGACAUUGUUCCUUGAUGGCUAUAAUGACAUAUUGUCUGCAUUGUAGCUGGGCCUAGGUAUUUCUCACACACACCAGCCACUGACGUCAGUCCCCGUCGUGUUGACUCGCUCCUCAAUGUGAUGUAAAUAAUCUACUGUGUAUCUCUCACCACACUGUAAUUGCACUGAGUCACGGAGUUGUGAUGAUGAUAAAAACCGCUCUGCCUUCAGUGCCUUCCUGCAAUCCACUGCCUUUCCGCUAUAAAGGCAGCUGCUGCUGCCCUGGUUCAGAUAAGCAGGCUGGCUGAGAUGGGUGGUUGUCCCCAGUCACAGUCACAGCAGGGUGUCUCUAUUCCGAGCAGCAAAGUACAAUCGUCCUGUCGCUACUCGGAGAGAAGAAUGGUGGUGGGAAGCUGUAUAACGAGGUUGUCAUGAAUGCCUGUGUGUGUGUUUCUCACUUCACAGAGAACUGUGGGUGGAAAAAUGUCUGAGGCCGCCUCAGCCAAGAGGAAGGAGAAGUGUGAAAACUGUACCAAGCAGUGUAACAAGAAGAACGACGGAGUUGUCGCUACGGCCGAGGAGCAACAUGAGGCCAACGGCGAGGCGAGCGGGGACUCCCAGCCGCUGCUGAGCGCGUGUCUCUCGUGCGACGGCUGUGUGUCCGAGGAGGAGAGUCUGAAGAUCGGCCAGCAGAACCUGGAGGAGCUCAACCGCAUUCUGGCGCUGAACAAGAAGUGCGAUGCGGCUGAACACAAGGUGCUGGUGGUGUCGCUGUGUCCUCAGUCCUUGCCUUUCUUUGCCGUGAAGUUUGACCUGGACAUCGCAGAGGCCACCCGCAAGCUCUGUGGCUUCCUCAAGAGCCUGGGUGUGCAGUAUGUGUUCGACACCACGGUGGCCGCAGGCUUCAGCAUCCUGGAGAGCCAACGGGAGUUUGUCCAGAGGUACCGACGGAGACACCACGACUCGCAGGCCCUGCCCAUGUUCACCUCCUCCUGCCCAGGUUGGAUCCGGUAUGCAGAGCGCGUGCUGGGCAAUCUGGUCACCCCACACAUCUGCACAGCCAGGUCUCCCCAGCAGAUCAUGGGCUGCCUGGUCAAAGACUACAUCUCCCAGCAGCAGAAGCUGAGCGCGGAGAAGGUGUUCCACGUGGUGCUGGCGCCCUGCUUCGACAAGAAGCUGGAGGCAGUCCGAGAGGAGUUCUACAGCAGCCUGCUGGACAGCCGCUAUGUGGACUGUGUGCUCACCUCAGCGGAGGUCUAUGACAUGAUGGAGCGCCGGGAGGUGUCCGUGGCGGAGCUGGACUCCGUUCCACUCGACCACGUGCUGGGGGAGGUGGGCGACACGGCGCCCGUGAGGUACGAGGGCCGCACCUCGGAGGGCUUCCUGGAGCACGUCUUCAAGCACGCCGCCAAGGAGCUGUUUGGCCUGGACGUCACCGAGGUCACCUACAAGACCCUCAGGAACCGGGACUUCCAGGAGGUGACCCUGGAGCGGGACGGUGAGACGCUGCUGCAGUUCGCCGCCGUCUACGGCUUCCGGAACAUCCAGACGCUGGUGCAGCGCAUCAGGAAGGGCCGUGUGCCGUACCAGCUGGUGGAGGUGCUGUCCUGCCCUGGAGGUUGCCUGAGCGGGCGUGGCCAGGCGGGGGGUGACGCCGCCGGGAGGCCGGACAAGGCGCUGGUGCAGCAGAUGGAGGACGCCUACAUCAGCCUGCCCGUGGCCCUGCCCGAGGUCAACCCUGCCCUGCACACCCUCUACCAGGAGUGGCUGGAGGGCCAGGACUCUGCGCAGGCCGGCGCCAAGCUACGGACCCAGUACCGGGACCUGAGCCACGCCCCCACGCCGCACAUGCAGUGGUGACAUCACACGCACGGCGGUGAGCGGGGCUAAGGCGACAUCGUUGGAAGGAGGGAGACACGAGACACUUCGAGAAGAUUCCUCUCAACUCUUUCUCGGGAGCAAUGCCGCUCUGAAGUGGACAUUUUCAAGCGUGCCGUUUGUUCCUUUGUCCACCGAGAGGCGAUGUCUCCCAACCGAAUAACUUGUAAUCCCCCUGGAGAGAGAAAGUAAAGUCUACAAUCUACAUACCACCCCUUCCACAACAUUCAGAUGCAGCUGUAACACAUGGUUUCAGUGAAUGGACGGACCCUUCAUCAUUUAAGCAAUAGACAGGUGUACCUUGAUUCUAACUCUGUGUAUGCACUGAUGUCAAAAUGGAUAUGCUAUUUUGGUUUUCCUAAGUGACUUUAACCAGCCUAUGUAAUGUUUUUUUUGUUAAUCCAUCCAGUACAAUUAAAUAAGAGGAAAAAUUGCCAUAGGUAAAUGUCUUCAUCUUUUGUCAUGUCAUUUAUUUAUUUUUGUACAAACUAGUGAAACAUAUGUUUGUUAUCUGUUUACAUGAUCCUUACAGUUGAAUGAACAAAAUCAAUAUUAAACUUCCAAAUCAUUAUAAA